CGAAGUUCAUGACACAACAUUGACAACAAGAUCUGGUCGCGCGGGGCAGGACGAACUGUUCUGGCGCAAGCAGCACAUGCACUGUUCCAGGUUUAAAUCGGUUAAGAACCUAGUCCAGUUACCAUGAAGAGAUAUACAAAUCCUUUCCUGCCUGCUCUGCCAUUUCUUAGCAGACUUUGGAGAUAACUCCUUCCCAAGGAUAUAGAAUCAAGACGGCGAACGACACCAGCCAUCAACAAAAAGCGGGCAAGAGAAGAGCAGAAAUAAAUGAUCAGGAUUAAUUAAUAAUACGACCGACUUCUUAAGGGCAGGUUAUAGCGACAUAUACAAUACACCACCAUAAUCAGUAAACUGUUUGUAGCUAACACACGUACAACAUUUGACCAUCGCGUGUACAAGAGUUCUUCCUGCAGACUAUUUCUGGAAUUCGAUCGUAAUCAUGGAAACGUACACUGACGUUCUACUUGUCACCGCAAAUGUUGGGUCAUUAUUCGACAAUGUGGGUGAGAUUGAGAGUGACUGGCUUCGAGAAUUAUUUGGGACUGUCCAGAGUCACAAACCACGCUUCAUCGCCCUGCACUUCCAGGAGGUUGGAGGCAAGGACUACAUGGUCAAUAUGGGCCAUGCGGAGAACUUCUUCUGGAACAUUGAGUCCAGUGAGGAGAUGAGGGACUUUGACAGGGUCUGCAUCUAUGUGGACAACCACUUUAAGAACGUGGACAGCUUCACGGCCCUGGGAAGCAUGUACUUCAUCCACAAGUCAUUGAAAAACAUCUACCAAUAUGAUUUUAAUGUUAAGGAUUUUAAAGCAGUGUCUGGACAAAACAAGUAUGUGGGAUCCCUGGACGGGGUAACCACAAUGGAGAAAGAAAAAUUCCCGAAGAAUUUCUGGCCCGAUUUCAAAUGGUCUAGGAAGGGCUUCAUGAGGACCCGGUGGAUCAUUCACAACCAGGGUCUGGACCUAGUGAACGUACACCUUUUCCAUGAUGCCUCCAACCUCAUUGCCUGUAAUGCCAGUCCCUCCAUCUACUCAGCCAACCGCCAGAAGGCCCUCAGAUAUGUCAUCAAUAGGAUAUCAGAGAGCAGCUAUACUCCACUCCCCUUCUUCCUGUUUGGGGAUUUCAACUUCCGCCUGGACACCCUUAGCCUGGUCCAGAACUUGUCCACUUCAGCAGAGGUGCAGACAGUGAAGAAGGACAGCAGUAACGAGGUGGAGAAAAUAAUCUGUGAGGAAAAGGACAAUGACCACAAGAUUCUUCUCCAUAUUGAGACCAAGAUGUUUGCCUACCUGCACCAGGCAGUGUUCAGAGAGGACAACGGUAGAGCGAUUUUGAAAUAUGACAAGGAGAUUGCAGCCUUUCAAGAUGUCAUUGCAGAGGAAGAAAUCCGGUUUCCACCCAGUUACCCCUAUAGUGAAGACUACACUAAACCCACCCAGUACAUGAACACUCGCUGCCCCUCCUGGUGCGACCGUAUCCUUAUGUCUCACACUGCCCAAGACAUCAUCCACAAGAGAGAUGAGGGAGAGAGCAGUGUGGUUUACAACAUACUGGGCCCUAAUGUCUGCAUGGGUGACCACAAACCUGUUUUCUUGUCCUUUGCACUGAAGACAAAUGGCCAUUGACAAGGAUCCCUCUGUGCCAGUGUCUAUCCAACAUUGGUCAUCACCAUCACACACUCCCACUCCGCUAUCCGUACCAGAGGAUAAACAGAGCAGCUCCUACCCAGUCACGGCACCAGCCUCUCCCUGAAGUGCAUGCAGUCAGUUUCCACCCACCAAGUCUCUCACAUUCUAUUCUCUCUCACUUCAAGUUAUUGAUUGCCAUGACUUGGGUGACAUCAUCACAGAUUUGAUCAUCAGCAUUAUGGAUUUUUUUUGACAGACAAUUUGCUCUGUCCUGUGCUUGGCCAUACGUCUUGCCAUCCAGACCCCAAAAUGUACACCAAGACAGGGUUAUUUCUGGGAGUCCUCUCUUCAGUGAUGAUCGUUGGGAUUGGAUUGCUGGAUGGAAUAGGACCAACGUAAAGACAAUAGACUAUGUGACUGUGGGACUGCUGAUGUUUAGGCCAUGGUCUUGUCAGGGGGGACCAGCUCUCUCCCAAUGGAGGAAUGAGACAUGUAGGACACACACACACACACACACACUCUGGCACUCUGCCAAGUAAAUGCCCUGACUUCAGCUGGUCAAACGGUUUUAAAGUUUUAAGGGUUUAUAAUUAAGUAUUGACCUUCAUUCCUUCUGACAUUCCUGAAUGGAAGAUGGAUGCAUGCUUUUCAUUUGUAUGUUAGUAGUCUUUUAUUUUACUUAUUUAUUUUCUUACUGUUUUAACUGUUUACUAUCAAUAUAAGCAUGCUAAAAGCAAACAUUCACAAACACAAUAACAAAAGCUGCUACAGUAUUUCAAUGCACCGUCAGCAUGUUUGUCAACAUAGAGAGUAGCGUAAUACACAUUUCUCUAUGCAUUCUUAUAUUGUGUAGUCUUUUGUUGAAAGCAUCCAUUUUACCAGUACGUACAUACUAUCCCAGCUCAUCCUUGGAACAGUGAACUCCAACAAAAUGCUCCAUUUGCCCCCUAAUCCCACGCUGAGGUCAUUUUCCUAACCUACAAUUUCAAUGGUGUUGUAAUACUCACCUUAAAUCAAUAAAAUGAUGUAAAGACCAGUGGGCCAGAUUCAGGCUGGAGCCCAUAAGGUCAGUAUGAAUGUGGAAAUGUGCUUCCUUUCCCAUCAGACCUCAGCCUUGGAUUCCCUCAGACUCUAAAGUAUAACAUCUACAUGCUGCUGAAUACUGAUGAUCACAGCUCGUCUGCCUGCUACCACACUCUGCUGGGUAUAUCUCUCUGGUGGCUUGUACGUUGACAUAUUAUGGGGUGGGCCUAUGUAAUGUACAAACAUAUGGUUCAACUGUAAGGUUAGUCUACUCUAUCGGACAUCAGAGCAGACAUGGGUGGCUAAAUACUGUUCCACAUUCAGACAAUAUCAGCCACAAAAAGACACCAAGCUUGCUAGAUCAGUCACUGAUAGGAGUUGAUUUUGCUGCUCCCGACAUCACGAUUAUGUAGUCUAUUUUCAUUUCUGAUGCGUAUUGCCGGUGGUACAGUAGGUAGCUACGUUCUUGUUACCACGAAGUGGUUUAUUCCACAAACUAUGACUGGGUCCUUUUAAAGUAGCUCCUAAGAGAUUCAUAAAUAUGUUUUCAUUUGUUUUUAGAGAAUUGAAGAGUGUACUAAUAGAGAUUUCUCUUGUUCGGGGAGCUGACACAAUGUUAUUCUGUUUUUAAUAUGCAUCCAUUGUUUUACAAGGCAGCAUCUUCUGGACUGUUUCAGUUACUGUGAUCUUUUGACCGUUUUACUAAACAAUAACUUGUUUACCAUCCACUCUUUAAUUUGAAUGUGGAUGUGUCUGGAAUGGAUGUUUGAUACCACAGUCACACAUACGCACACACAUGCACACCCACACACAUGUUCACACACGCAAAGUUCAAACAAUUUGAAGCUUGACACCUAUGUAUUAUUUAGAUUUCCGUUAUUUUAUUGAGUUAUCUCUUUUUCUAUGUUUAUUUUUAUUUGUGCUGUAGCAACCUCUUCAGAUCUUUGUUCAUUGUCCAUGUUCUGUUUUGUAUGAAAUGGAUGGAUAGUUUGCAUCAUUUUGCUUUAAUAAGACUAUUUCAAAGACUUUUUAAAAAUAUAAUCAUGGAUUUCUUUAUAGUUAUAGUUGUAUCAGUGAUAUUCAGAAUGCACUUAAAUGAUCAAUGCCUAUUAAUGAAGUUAUUCAAAUGUUGUACUCUUAUUUUGAGGUAGAAAAUGCAUCAUUUGUAAUCGAUCUUCCUCUGUAGUAUGUGUUGAUUGACUGACACUCAAUCUGCUGUGAAGUAAUUAUAGACUGAUAUUGACAAGGAUUCAUUAGU